CUCUUUAGCGUUCCAGACUGGCCCACACAUUAAUGGAGAUCUGACACAGCUUGUUUCAACACAUUCACACACUGCCCCUCCCCUUGCCCAACACUGCUUUUCACCAUGGUUUCCUGUGUAAAGAUAACCAGAGCCCAUUAAAACAUUCACUCCAGCCCAAAAAACUGAUAAUAGCUUGACAGUCAUCAUACAGGGUGUCCUGAUAAAUGAGGUCGUCUCUUUUGGUAUGUUUUGCUGGAUUAUGUUUUUGGACUUCUGUAAUUUCACUGAAGAUCUGUGCCUUCAACAUCCAGAGCUAUGGAGAAGCAAAGGCCAGCAAUAAGAGAGUUAUGGAGAUUUUAAUAAAGAUAAUUUCUCGCUGUGACCUGAGUUUGAUUCAGGAAGUUCGAGAUUCUAGAGGUGAAGCUGUAUCUGCGCUGUUGAUGAACCUGAACAGAUUUGACAAAUCUCACAUUUACACACAUUUAGAGAGUAAAAGAAUGGGGAAGAAAACAUAUAAAGAGCAGUAUGUGUACAUUUACAGAAAAGACAUGCUACAGGUGCAAGAGCAAUACCAGCACCCAGAGUUCAACGAGAGCACAGUAUUCGCCAGAGAGCCGUUCAUCAUAUGGAUCCGUUCUCCCACAACCUUGGUGAAGAACUUUGUCCUUAUUGGUCAGCACACCUGUCCUAAGAGUGCAAUGAAAGAAAUGGAGGCACUGUAUGAGGUCUUCCAAACAAUCAGGAAGAAAUGGAAAACUGAGAAUGUGAUGUUUCUGGGGGACUUAAAUGCAGCUUGCAGCUAUGUUACCAAUAAAGGACUGAAAAACGUGCGUCUCAGGAGUGACCCAAAGUUUCACUGGCUGAUUAGAGAUGAACAAGACACUACAGUGCGUGAAAAAACACGCUGCGCUUAUGACAGGAUUAUUAUUCAUGGCAAAGAACUAAUUUCUGGAAUAGUUCCGGAAUCUGCUCAACCAUUCAACUUCAAAGAAGAAUUCAAUCUAUCUGAGGAAGAGGCUUUGGAAGUCAGUGACCACUAUCCUGUAGAGGUGGAUUUGAAAGCAAACCAUCGCUACCUCCUGCGCCAUGAACUGUGAAAUGAAAAAUAUCUGCGAAUAUGACCUACAAAGUAUCAAUUCUAAUAGUAUAUAAUUAUUUGCCUGAUACUGUGAUAAUUUACUGGUUCAAUGUCCAAUACUACAUGUGCAGCGUGUACAAUUAUUACACACAUUUACUGUG